UUGACCCACAAACACACAAGGCAGGAUGAAAUGGCAAAAUGAAUUGGCUGUUAGCGUUUUUCUUGGUAACUCUAACGUGCUGCGAGUCAGCAUUGCUCAACGCAGAUGGCAAAGAACUUAUUUUUCUACAAUUCGUAUUUCGAAAUGGCAUGUCAGCACCUAGAGAGCUAUAUCCAAAUGAUCCAAACCAUCCGGAUCAAUGGGAAGAAGGAAUGGGUGAACUCACUAUUCAUGGACGACGGCAGCUUUAUGCAUUGGGGAAGGAUCUAAGAAAAAGAUACAGUCAUUUCAUCACAGCAAAUCCAAGGGAAGUAACUAUGCAGGUUGCCACAAACCCAAAGGGUAUGAGAAGCGGUCUGAGCCUGCUUGCUUCUCUAUAUGCUCCAACCGAAGAAUGGGAGUUUGUGCCUGGUCUUCCCUGGCAACCCGUGCCCGUUUUCUACUUACCAGAAGAUGAAGACAAGGUUUUGGUUCCUUUUCGUAGCUGUCCGUUAGUAGUGCAACGCCUGCAGAAAUUGGUGGGACAAUAUGGAAACGAAACAGUCCUGGAAAUGUAUGAACAACAAAUGAAAUUUUGGUCAUUAAAUAGUGGCUUACCCAUAAACGACUGGAAUGAUGUGGUGAAUCUGCACAGAAUCUUGUCAACAGAGUAUGCCAACAAGCACAAUGUACCAGCUUGGGCUUGGAAAUACUGGAAAGAAUUAGUGUGUCUUAAUGACUACGCCUACAAAAUCAAUUUCAAUGAUAAUAAGAUUUUAAAAGUCGUUGGUGGUCCUAUUUUUAAUCAUCUGGUGGACAACGCUCUCGAAAAAAUUAAAGGUGAAUUUGAGUCUACAAGAGUUAUGGCUUUCUCUGGACAAUCAACCCAUGUAGCUGGAUUACUGGGUGCCCUCAAGGCCUUUAAUGACAAGGAACCGCCCUUCGCUUCGAUUGUCGUCAUGGAACUCUUCAAGGACAAUAAGAAUGAUGCAUUCGUUCGGUGGCUUUUCAGGAAUGAAACUGAUUUGCAGGUUCUGAAGAUUCCUGGAUGCCAAGAAUUUUGUACCAUGGAGCACAUGCAUGAACAGGCAAUGCACUACGAAAGUACAAAAUGGGGACUGGAUUGCAGGGGACCUCCAGCGGCCUUGGAUCAGUUGAAAGAAUUGCUGAGAAACAUCCAGAUAUGAUCAAAUUUAAAAUGUUGUUCAAGAUUUUAAAUAUGUACUUGAGGACUAAUAUUGAAAUUGUCUUAAAAAUUGAGGUUGUCAUUUAACAUAAAUUCUAUUUCCAAGCAAUGAAUUUAUUCUUUAUCUUGAAUCUACAAAGUUUGUAUAUUCAAGAUACAGAAUGUAUCUUAAAUCUACAAAGCUGUGCAAUCCCAUAAAUUAAAGCAACAACUGCCAAAUAUUGUUGAAAAAAUGUAAAAAUAUUUGUUUUGAAACUUUAUUUCUUUUAGAAAAUUGAUUUUAAAAUCGCAAAUUUUGGUUUAGUUAUAUUCGUAUAAUUUAUUUCUGUAAUGGAAUUUUUUUUAAUUAUAUUAAUUCCAAUUCAUUAUCAUUUGUCAUGAGAUCCCAAUAAGUAUAGAUUUGUUUUGAAUAGAGAAAACAUCGAACAAAGCACUAAAAUUAUUCUGAAAAUGUCAUUAUUGUUUUGAGAAAAUGUUCACAAUUUUUGGCGAUGAAUAAAAUGUUGAUAAUCAAUAAACAGAUGUUUCUUGCAAAACUUAUUUCAUUUACUUUCUUGAACUGAUAAACGGUUUUAAAUAUUUUAAAAUGCAUAAUUGAAUGUUCUGUUACAGAACUCAUGUUCGUAGACUCAUUAUCAUCUGAUAAAUAACCUUGCUGAAAGAACUAAAAAUAUAUAUGCUUGGAAAUAGGUUGGCUUACUAU